AGUUCCGGUGGCGGCGAAGCCGGUGGUUCGGACGGGCGCGAGUGAGACCCCGAGCGAGAGCGAGACAAGGGGGCGCCUGGCCCAGCCCCCCCCCCGCCAUGGCCUCGUUGCUCAAGGUGGACCCGGAAGUGAAGCUAAAGGUUGACUCUUUCAGGGAGCGGAUCACAAGUGAGGCUGAAGAUUUGGUGGCGAAUUUUUUCCCAAAGAAGUUGUUAGAACUUGAUGGGUUCCUUAAGGAGUCCAUCCUGAAUAUUCAUGAUCUCACCCAGAUCCACUCAGACAUGAACCUUCCUGUCCCUGACCCGAUCCUUCUCACUAACAGCCAUGAUGCACUGGACGGGCCAAAUAUGAAAAAGAGGAAGCUGGAAGACUGUGAAGAGACCUUCCAGGGUACCAAAGUGUUUGUGAUGCCCAACGGGAUGCUGAAGAGUAACCAGCAGCUAGUGGACAUCAUUGAAAAAGUGAAACCGGAGAUCAGGCUGCUGAUUGAGAAGUGCAACACGGUCAAAAUGUGGGUGCAGCUUCUGAUUCCCAGGAUAGAAGAUGGAAACAACUUUGGCGUUUCUAUUCAGGAGGAGACGGUGGCUGAGCUGCGGACUGUGGAGAGUGAGGCAGCUUCGUAUCUGGACCAGAUUUCUAGAUACUAUAUCACAAGGGCAAAGCUGGUUUCCAAAAUAGCAAAAUAUCCUCAUGUGGAGGAUUAUCGCCGCACGGUGACAGAAAUUGAUGAGAAGGAAUACAUUAGUCUGCGCUUAAUCAUCUCAGAGCUGAGGAAUCAAUAUGUCACUUUGCAUGAUAUGAUCCUUAAAAACAUUGAGAAGAUCAAGAGGCCUCGGAGCAGCAACGCUGAGACUCUCUACUAAGUGUCAACGUUUGAACUUGAGAACUGUUCAGUCAACUCAAAGACCGUCAUUGCCUUGGUUUGUUACGUGACUAUCGAGAUGGGAAACUGGCUGGAAAUAGUAUUGCACUCUUAGUUAAACUCUAAAGAAACCCUCGCCUAGUUCUGUGAUUGGUUUUGUUCAGGUCUCAGGAACUCUCCCUAAUGUAGUAAUUGGUAUUGAGCAGGCCACUGCCAUGGGACGGGAAUGCUCCUUCAAGCCUUUCUUCCUACCUAGGUGGGAACUGGAUGAGAGACCGAGCCCUAGGGUUCUCCCCCUCACCCCCAUCUGUCAGCUGCAGGGUUUCCUUGGGGUCCCUGGGAAUGGAGGAGAUGCAGUGUCUUCAGCACUAGACUGAGUCCACAGAGUGUGUGCUGCCUGCGAGAAGCCAGCUGCUUCUCAGUGCCAUCUGCGUGACCCCUCUGCUGCUAGUUGUCUUAUGCUUGUUAACUGCAAGGCUGGGAGGAAGUACCCCUUUGGAGCAGGCGGCUCCCUUAGCCCAGGCUGCAGCCACGCUCAGCAAAGUGCCAUGGAGAGAUUGUUAGGUUUGAACAAGCCAGGAAAGAGCUAUCUUACGUUCGAUCCCACCCGGUUUGUCCCUCUCCCUUGUGAAAUCAGCUAGAUCAGUGCAGAGGUCUAUGUGGAGCCCCUGUCACUAGAGCCGGUUGCCACCAGCCACGUCCCACUGGGCUGGCAGGUUCAGAGCCCGGGUAGCUUUCGCUCCUGUGUGUAGCUUUCCUCUUGGCUCUACCAGAGCAGUUUUCUUGGUUAAAACCAAUGUUAAUCUCUCACACAUCUCCUUCGGCGUGAGGCAUUUCUGUCCAGAAUGAAGUUAGGGAGAGGCCUGAGCUCAAAUUUUGAAGUCCUCAUAGUCUCCACUGAUGCUAAGGAAUUAGCAGGUUGUGACGCACAGCCCCCUGCCGAGUGUACUGGGGGGCAGGGUUUGGCAGGCUGGCUGCAACGGCUGAUCUUUUGGAAUGAGGACGGCCAAAAGCAGCCACAGCAGAUCAGUAUCAAAACCUCAGCACCCCGUGAAAGGUACCUCGAUUCCUUCUCCCGUGCCCAGGAGCUCCUCCCAGGCCAUUGGAACGUUUCGUGGUCCAUUGCAAACCCCAUGGGAAACGGUCGGUUGCAUGGUCAGUUUUUGUAUGUGUGGGAAACGGGCUCAUGACGCUGCAGGUUCCUUCUACAUUUUCUUAUUUAUGGUAUUUUUACUUCACACCCUCCUUCAGGGGAAAGCUGGGUCAGUUGGUCCUGGACCCCUAUAGCUUCCAUGGGUCUCACUGUCACACCUGUAACUUCUUGUGCAGUAGCCUUAGAGUUGUUAGUUGUGAGAAAUGGAAUGAACGUCCUCUCCUUCCCUCUUGCGUUCUGUUGCUUUUGUUUCUUCUUCUAUGCUGAAGAGCCACGUUGUCUCUUGCUGGUUUCCCAGGGGUUGCUCUGAGCGUGGAGGGCCCCCUGCCCUUUCGAUAGACUCCUUCGUUGUUGUUUGUAGUAAGUCCAAUCUUCGUCUUCCCGUUAAUAAAUAUUCAGUAACAAACCAACUGCGUCUUAGCUGCUGCCUGGGAGCAGCACCUUCACUGUGUGUUUCUUUGUACUGAUUCCUUUUUAUUUGUUGGACUGUUCAACUUUCCUUGCCAGAUGAACGUAUGUAAAACUUUUACCAUGUCAAGAAAUUAAAAUACAGGUACUUUGAAUUCUUAAGUGGGACCCUUGUGUGAUGCUGCGUUGUCAGACAUGCUCUGUCAGUGGCUAGGCCUCGCCUCUGUCCCAGUCUGGCCCUGCCUCUCUCACCUCCACUCGCUCCACCCUUGUACUAUAUCAUCUCCUUUUCCUUCACCAUUUCUCCAGACAGUCUGCUGCUGUGUGGAGCCCGGAGGUUCCAUUAGCAUCCAGCAACCUAGUACCAAGGCCCCAUGUCCUUACACUGCCAUUACUCACUUCUGCGUGGGGCGAUUGGGAGUUGCUAGAAUCAUUUGGAAUAAAAUGGGGGCACUGGGGACCAGGGACUGGGAUAAGGGAGCCUCCAACUCUAGGCAGCUGGUGCCUGGAGCGUUUUCCUUGGGCCAUGGCUGCAGCUCUGUGUCUCCCACGUCAGGGUUGUCAGUCUCAGUGGUGAGGGCUGGAUUGACUAGGCCCUGCUUGUGGGAGAAGCUUCACCGUGGCUGCCUGCUGUUUUAGGGCUAGAGAGCAUGCUCCAGGGCUCUCACCUGGCCCCUUCCACUAGGCUGGAGACCAAGGGAGGAAAGAUGCGGGCCAAUUGCAAAGCUCAGCAGCAGUGCCCCUGGCUGGCAGAAGCUGCCACGCCAUGGUUCUGUCAUUCCACUUCCUGCUCCGAGUUCAAAGCUACUGUGGUCUCAGGAUGCUGACCUUUUCUUUUCCUUUCCUCCCUUGUCUCGCAUUUCUAGCUAGCAGCCCCAUCCUGGGGCUAGAGACCUGCUCCUCUGCAUUAGUCUGCAUGCAUGCUCCCUCCUACCUCCACCACAUUCUCCAACGGCAACCGAUGCUUUCCAAGCUCCCUCUCCCAUGAGCUUGAGCUCUGAGGGAGGAUUGAAAUCUCCCCCUUAAUGCUGUCUCUUGAGACCUUAGUGUCCUAGAGCCAGGCUCCCCCCUUGGUGAAAGGAACCUGCCACACACUCCACUUCAGUGUGGUGUCAGGUAUUUGCAGUCCAUGUAACCCCCUGGACUGGGUGAAGGGGGGACGUAGACAGUUGAUGCUGAGGAUCUGCGGUAGUUAAGGCUGCUUGAUCUGAGCAGGAGUCUGUUCUGUACAGAAGCCAUCCUCUCAAGAACACACGGAGGGGUUCCCCGUCUGGAGCCAACGGCCACUAGAUGAUGCUCUUGCUCCAGCCACCGAACAGUGGUGCGCCCAGCCCUGAGCAGCUGGCGCCUAUGCGAGCACACUGGAUCUCAUCACAAAUCUUAGGAACCACUGAGGAAUGUGAGAAACGGCUUCUGGAGAGAGUCUGAGUUUCCUGCUCCCCAUGAGGCCCCCUCCAGGACUCUGCUCCCUGUGGUGUGGGAAAUGCCAAAGGCCUACUCAGGCCAGGCCCCCUUCGCAACAGGAGCAAAGGACUGUGGCUUAAAAUAAAAUUCCCUUGUUUGUUGUGAGGCCGCAGGAGCUGGGGGUCAGCGUGGGCUGACGCUGAAAGAACCUGACUGUGAAAAGCACCCGCUCUUCACUACCACAGAAAGA